AUGUAUUCUCCCAAGGUCGGUGACAGGCUCGAGAGCCUUGAUACACCAUCUAUGAUUGCAGAUCUCGAUCUUAUGGAGGCAAACAUCAAGAAACUCAUGGACAAGCUCUUACCAACUGGGCUGAACAUCCGCCCCCAUCUUAAAACAACCAAGAGUGCCAUUCUAGCCGGCAAGCUCGUGAAAGCUGGCGCCAAAGGAGGCUGCGUGGCCAAAGUCAGCGAAGCCGAAGCCAUUGCUGCGGCAGGCUUUGACGACCUGCUCAUCACAUGCGAAAUUGUCGGCCCUGCCAAAGUCAAGAGACUUGUGGAAUUGUUCCGCAAAUAUCCAAAGAUCAGAAUCGUGGUUGAUAGCGAAAUUGGUGCAUCAGCCAUCAACGAGGCUUUGGCAAGCUCAGGGAUUGCAGAGCCAAUCACGACGCUGAUUGAUCUCGACGUUGGACUUCACCGCACUGGUGUGUCACCGGGCGAACCUGCCCUGGCUCUGGCUCGACACGUCGGUGGUCUGAAACAUCUGAAGCUUAUCGGCGUCCAAGGCUAUGAAGGGCAUUUGCAGCAUUUGCAUGACAAAGAGGACCGCAAAAACCAGUGCCUAGAGUCUAUGCAGAUACUGACGAGUACCGCGGACUCCCUACGGAAGGCAGGCUUCAACAUUGAGGUGGUCACCACGGGAGGAACUGGCACGGCCGAGUUCUGCGCUACCGUUCCUGGUGUCACUGAGCUUCAGCCCGGAUCAUUCAUCUUCAUGGACACGGAUUACCGAAAUGCCGUCGGCACCUUCUAUUCAAACAGCCUCACCAUUCUGUCAACGGUUGUGAGCAAGCAAGGCCCCCGGGCGGUGACGAUCGACAGUGGAUUAAAAUCUUUGACAACAGACAGUGGACUGGCAGAGUGCAAAGACCCGAGAUAUGUCUAUGGGGUUCUUGGCGAUGAGCAUGGCUCUCUUAUGUGGGAGGAAGGCACACCAGCGCUCUCCGUCGGUGAUCGUGUUGAGAUGAUUCCGAGUCAUAUCGACCCCACGGUUAAUCUGCAUGACUUCUAUUACGCUUACCGCGGAGGUGUGAUUGAAGAAAUCUGGCCAGUUGAUUCAAGAGGAAAGGUUCAAUAA